GUCCCCCUAUCUAGAUUAAACCUGCACUUGGCUGUCUUCCGUCUUCCAUACACGGUGCUCGGGGGUCGCUAUGAACCUUAAAAUCCCCAAACCGCCUCCUCCACCCCAGGAUUGACUUCUAACAACGCAUUUUACAUGAGGAAGAAACCCAGAAGAGGAGAAAAAGGAAAGAAAAGAAUUCAGGAAUGGCUCUUACUCAGUUUGACUUUAACGUGCCAUGGAGAAGACCUUUUUGGAUUGUAUAAUAUCUCUUUUGGAAUCUCUGAGCUUUCUGUAUCUGGAUGUCUAAAUCUUUUGCUAGACUUGGGAAGUUUUCAGAAACACUUGACAUUCAGGGAUGUGGCCAUAGAAUUCUCUAAAGAGGAGUGGAAGUGCCUGGACUCUGCUCAGAGGACGUUAUACAGGGACGUGAUGUUGGAGAACUACAGGAACCUGGUCUCCCUGGAUAUGUCUCCUAAAAGUGUGAUCAAGGAAUUACCCCCAAUAGGAAACAGCUAUACAGGAGAAAUAUUCCACACAGUAACAUUGGAAAGACAUGAAAGCCAAGACAUGGAGGAUUUUUGCUUCAGGGAAAUUCAGAAAAACAUGCAUGACUUUGAGUGUCAGUGGAAAGAUGAUGAAGGAAAUUACAACACAGAGCUCAUGACCCAAAAAGAAAAUCUUACUAGUAGAAGAGGCCAACAUAAUAGAAGGGAUGCAGGAAAUAAGCCUAUUAAAAAUCAGCUUGGAUUAUGCUUUCAGGCACUUCCACCUAAACUACAGCUAUUUCAAGUUGGUGGGAAUAUUUAUGACUGUAAUCAAGUUCAGAAGUCUGUCAGUAAUGGUUCCUUAGUUUCACUACCACAAAGAAUUCCUUCUAAUAGUAAAACUCAUAUUUUUAAAAAAUAUGGGACUGAUUUCAUCAAUCCUUCAUUACUCACACAAGAACAGAAAUCAUGCAUUAGGGAAAAACAUUACAAAUGUAAUGAGUGUGGCGAAGCCUUUAAUCAAGGUUCACACCUCAUGGUACAUAAGUUAAUCCAUUCUGGAGAGAAGCAAUAUAAAUGUGAUAUCUGUGGCAAAGUCUUUAGUCAAAAAUCAAACCUUGCACGUCAUCAGAGAGUUCAUACUGGAGAGAAACCAUACAAAUGUAAUGAAUGUGACAAGGUUUUCAGUCGCAAUUCAUGCCUUGCACUACAUCAGAGAAUUCAUACCGGAGAGAAACCUUACACAUGUAAUGAGUGUGGCAAAGUCUUCAGUCGCAAUUCAUGCCUUGCGCUACAUCAGAGAAUUCAUAUUGGAGAGAAGCCUUAUAAGUGUAAUGAGUGUGGCAAAGCCUUUAAUGUGCGGUCAACUCUUACAAACCAUCAGGUAAUCCACAGUGGGGAGAAACCUUACAAAUGUAAUGAAUGUGGCAAGCUCUUCAGUCAAACUUCAAGCCUUGCAAUUCAUCAGAGAAUUCAUACUGGAGAGAAACCUUACAAAUGUAAUGAAUGUGGCAAAGUCUUUAGUCAAACUUCAAGCCUUGCAAGGCAUUGGAGAAUUCAUACUGGAGAGAAACCUUACAAAUGCAAUGAAUGUGGGAAGGUCUUCAGUUACAAUUCACACCUUGCAAGUCAUCGAAGAAUUCAUACCGGAGAGAAACCUUACAAGUGUAAUGAGUGCGGCAAAGCCUUUAGUGUGCAUUCAAACUUAACUACCCAUCAGGUAAUCCAUACUGGAGAGAAACCUUACAAAUGUAAUGAGUGUGGCAAAGCCUUUAGUGUGUAUUCAAGCCUAACUACGCAUCAGGUGAUCCAUACUGGAGAAAAACCUUACACAUGUAACAAGUGUGGCAAGUCCUUUAAUGUGCGCCCAAACCUUGCUAGACAUCAGAUAAUCCAUACUGGGAAAAAACCUUUCAAAUGUAAUGAUUGUGGCAAAUCCUUUAGUGUGCGCCCAAAUCUCAUUAGGCAUCAAAUAAUUCAUACUAGAGAGAAGCCUUACAAAAGUGAUAAAUAUGAAAAGGUGUCCAUUCAAAGUUCAAAUCUUGCGAGUCAUCAAAGAAUUUCUACUAGGGAGAAAUCUCACAAAUGUAAUGACUGUGGCAAGAUCUUCAGUCAUAAUUCACUCCUCUCACAACAUCAGAGAAUUCAUUCCUGAGAGAAUCCUUACAAAUGCAAAGAGUGUAGGAGAACAUCAUGAGUUUAAGCAUUAAUUGUCAUCAAAGAGCCCAUACUAGAGUGAAAUUAUGUAAAUGUAAUGUACAGGGCAGGGGCUGUACUUAGUCCUCAAAACUCACUAGACAUCAAAAUAUACAUCUGUGAUAAAAACACAUAUGUAACGUGCAUGCCUAAGCUAAUACCCAAGUAUCAAAACUGUAUAACAUCUUUUAUGGUGGUGUCUAAGAAAUAAUAGGAUCGGGGGCUCACUACAUUAGAUGAGGAUCAUUUCUAUCCAAGUUCUUUAAAGAAGAAGGACUCUGCCUUUGACAAUUAGCAUGGAGUAAGGGCAGAGAAUAAUGGAACACUAUGAUGAUUGGGUUUGGGGUGCUCUUCCUCCAAUAGGAGGGCUCUUUGAGUUACAGGAAAGAAAUGUUCUACCAAUUGACCAUGAAAUAAGCACGUCAAGACCAUAGGACACUGGAAUUUUUUUUAUGGGCAUAGAAUACUAGGUAUUAGUGACUAAUGUGGUAGAAAUAUUGCAGGAGAAAUGGUGGCCACCUUCAUUGAAUGACAACAGCUGUUGUAUAACAAAGAUUAUUAAACUACAAAAGGACUUCAUUGAGUAGGAUUCACAUAUAACUGCUGGCAUUACAUUUUGCUGCUGUUUUAUUCCAAAUGCAUCAUAGAUCUUGUAAUAAUAAAAUUUUAUCUUUUUUCAUAACUA